AUGAGCGACCCGGUGAUGGCGGCGGAUGGGCAUGCUUACGAGCGGACGGCGAUCGAGCGCUGGCUCGCGACCAAGUCAACGAGCCCAAUGACGGGCGCGGAGCUCGAGAACACUAGCCUCUUCCCGCACCACAUGCUGCGCAGGCAGAUCCGAGAGUGGCGAGAGGACGGACCCCUGGUGGCGCUGCUGCGCGGCGCUGGCUGGGGGGGCGGGAAGUCCCGUCAGGGACGCCAGCGGGGGGCGCGGCGGGAGCGGAAGCGGUGGGAGUUGGAUGAGGGGGAUGAUGGUUGUUUCGGCGAGCACUACGGUGCUUGCGGAUUCGAUCAUCCGCCUUCGGACGACUUCCUCUAUGGCGAGGACGACGGCUUCUAA